CUGACUUCUUUUGUUAUCAUUCAUUUCCUUUGUGUUUUGUUGUUUUCACUCUCCUUUUGCGAUAUUCCUCGUCUUCCGAGGCGCACAAUGUAUCUUGACUUCUCUAGGCGGUAGUUGGCAGUAAAGAUAAUAAGAGAGAUUUUUUGCGGGCGAUCUUUUCGACCAUGGCAGACGCGGAUGUCGACUCGGCAUAUGGUGAGAGUUUGUUCACCGAAACAACCUCUUUACACGACAGCGUGCUCAACUAUCAGUACGAAAACGGUCGCCGCUACCACUCCUUCAAUGCCGGGAAAUACUUUGCCCCCAACGACGAACAGGAGCAAGAUCGACUGGAUCUUCUCCAUCACGUUAUAUCCAUGAUUUUGGGAGGAGAGCUCUGGACGAUUCCAAUCGAAGGACGCGGCAACGCACCAGUUCCCGAGAGUAUUCUUGAUAUCGGAACCGGUACUGGCCUAUGGGCCAUCGAGAUCGCGGACAAGUUUCCUCAGUCGCAAGUCAUCGCCACCGAUCUGUCUCCGAUUCAGCCUACUUGGAUUCCCCCCAAUAUACAAUUCCAGGUGGACGACUGCGAGGCAGACUGGAAUUUCGACCAGCAAUUCGACUGGAUCCGGAUCGCGAACAUGGGAGGUUCGAUAGCCGACUGGCCACGCCUGUUCCGACAGUGCAUGGAUCACCUCAAACCCGGCGGAUGGAUCGAGGUUUUGGACUUUGAGGCGUGGGGUUCGACAGACGACGACACCCUGCCGGUCAACAGUUCGUACAAUCGAUGGCAACACGAGCUCAGCAACGCAUCCCAUCGGACGGGUCGCAUCAUGAACGUGGCCCCUCUGAUCAAAGACAUGAUUGUCAAUGCUGGCUUCCAGGGGGUUCACGAGGAUAUUUACAAGUGUCCGUUGUCGCCGUGGCCCAAGGAUCAACGUCUCAAGGAAUUGUCCAUGUACAUGAACUUGACGGUCUCCGAGGCCGCUCCCGCUUACAGUCUGGCCCUCUUUACCAGGGUUCUUGGUUGGGAAAAGGAAGAAGUUGAAGUUCUCAUGGCCGGAGUGCGGAACGACCUUCGGAAUACAAGAUAUCAUUUGUAUACUCAAUUCCAUACUGUAUAUGGAAGAAAAGCCCUGUAACACUAUCUCGUCACUAUUGCUAUUGUCGUUUGUAUGUUGAAAUGAAGACUGUUGGUAUGAGUAUGAUCUGGGAUGAAAAGGGCGGCAUUCUUUGAACGGUAGGUAGGUAUAUGUCGGGGAAGGGGUUUUCGUUCGAGGUUAUACAAGGCUAUCAUAGGGUCAUCGGUUAAGGGGUGGGGUGUGAGGUUCGAUUUUUUGACGCGGGAUAUCUGUGCAUAUAACACUAAAAGUCCAAAAAAGUCUUGCUGUGCUUGU